CACCACGGAUGCGCAGUGAGGAGACCCGAGCCAAAAGGGGGUAAGACGCGCGUGUCCGCCACCGGUUGAACUCGCGUGGAAACAGGAAGGGCUGCAGGUGUACAAGGUGCGUGAGGGUGCGAUGGCGCUGUGCUCCGAGGCCCGUGUCUCCGGCUCAGGAGGAGAAUCCUCCGGGAGUGAGGCGGGUUCCGGCUGUCUUCGCUUCGGCGUUCGUUCCUACCUGCACCACUUCUACGAGGAGUGCUCGUCCUCCUCCGUGUGGGAGAGAGACCCGGAGGACAAGGGGUUCGUCCGGAGGCGGAGGUCAACCCUGUGGAGGAACUCGGUAGUCUGGAAGGUGUACCUGGCUCUGGGUCUGCUGACCCUGACUGCGGGCAUUGCCGUCCUGUCCGUCGGUUACUCCACUCCCCACAGGAUGGAGUCGUUCGGAGAGGGCGACCUGUUCUUCGUGGACGCCCACGCCGUGAGCUUCAACAGGGGGCUGCACCUCGGCACCGCAGCGGGGAUCGGGCUCUCCUGCCUCGGAUCGGCGCUGGCGGCGGUGGGGGUCGUCGCUCUGAUUCUCGCCAGGGCCAAUUUGAAAGAGAUGCUGUUCCACACACCGGGGGAGAGGGAUCGGAGAGGAGAGCCUGGGUCGAAAUGGAGGGGAUUUAGGGAUCCCGGGGAUGUGGUCACUAAGCCUCCAGGCACAGAAGAGGGCACGAUACCCCUAUCUCUGUCCAAAGUGGAACACGUGCAGUCCACUUCUUAAAUCCCCGCUGAGCUCGAGGGUGUGUACCGGCUUUUUUGUUCUAAACCUGAGGCCUCCUCAUUUACCGUGUCUCAUUAUUGGUGUUGAAGGAGUGCCAUUUUUUUUUAGCAUGCAUCAUUUUUAGCGUUCCAACGGAGAUUUUGUCGACCUGGAUGUUACAGUUAGACGUAAAGAUCUGGACACCAGGAUUAAAAAUAGGGAAAAUCACUUAAUUCCCGUGGAAUCGCCGUGUUAGCUGACCAUUAGCUGACCACCGUUAGCUGACCGUUAGCUGACUACCGUUAGCUGACCGUUAGCUGACCACCAUUAGCUGACCACCGUUAGCUGACCACCGUUAGCUGACUACCGUUAGCUGACCAUUAGCUGAUCACCGUUAGCUGACUGUUAGCUGACCACCGUUAGCUGACCGUUAGCUGACCACCGUUAGCGGACCGUUAGCAGGCUCUCUGUCUCGGAGAGCUCGAUGUUCCUCGUUCAAUACCUUUAUACUGUAUGAGAACACAAGCCGACAGAACAGUCGAGAGAAAAGGAAAUCGAUUAUGACCGACUAGCUAGGUCUACUUUCAACACGUGUAUGGUUUUAAAAGCACAACUCGAUCUGAAUAGAUCUUUUAAUUAAUCCCAAUUUAAAUGUAUAAAGAGACCUUGUCGCUCUAUUUAUCACCUUGUAUUACGAGUCAUGUCCACACUCAAAGAGAGCAGAACCUCUAAUGAAAACAAAGUUUUUACUUCCCACUUUGGGAUUUGCAGCAACUGUUUUAUUUAUUUUUAAAUAGUAGCGUAAUUGUUCCACACAGUUAGACAACGUGGUGUCUCACACACAUGCGUUUAGCCUACACACAAAGUACAGGAGAUUCAGAACGCUGCUCACGUGGAGAAGAAAGGGAGAAAAAAAAACAUUAUUAAUUCCGUUACCACAUUUUCACAUAGCUCCACUAAUGCUCAACCUGCUGCAUUCAACAUGUGCAGUGACCCACCCACACACACACACACACACACAUACACACACACAGCCAUGCUCCAUUGACAAUAUCAUCUAUUUUCUCCCACUGUAAUCUUGUGCUCUGUAAUUGCCUGUGAUGUGUCUCUAGGCAACAGUUGGGCUACAAGUGCUCCAUUCCCAACUAUACCAACAAAGGCUCUGUUCUGAUUGGCCGAGCGCUCGCCCUCUCUUCAUUUUGUCACAACCAAUCGGAGCUUUUUGAGAGGCCACCUGUUUGAUUAGGUCCAAAUAGCUUGAAUAAUAGAGAGUACAAAGAGAAAAGAAAUGGGAAAAUAUAAAUGAGAUAUAGAAUAAUCACGAUGUCCUGAUUGGGCUAACUGCACUGAUUCCACUGGAUGUUAUUAAUGUGUCAUUGUUCUGUUGUGUUAUUGGUUUUGAUAACGAUAAUGAGCAUCAAG